UCCGUCGGGGGUGUUCCUAACGGGCCCGUCUAACCCCUCCUCUUUUCCCGUCGCCCUCCCUCGGAUGGGGAACGCAGCCUUUAUAAUGUGGCCCCUCCGACGGGAGCAUCCUUUCCAGCGCGUGCUUCUUGUCCUCCUUUUUUUGGAGGGGGCGAACCAAGCCAGCCCUUAGCUCGGGCCGAAUCCUGCCUUCUUCUCUGGUUCCUUUGCGCAUUUCGAUCCGCUGAUUCCUUUGCUAGCGUUUUCUUCUUUCCUUGGAGAAGGGAACCCGAUUCUCUUCUUGUUGUCCGUGUUUUUUCUUUUUCUGCUCGCCUUGUGAUCCCAAAAGGUCCGUCUAGCUGGAAUGAAUAUAUCUGAGCCUAGUUUCUGUAGAGAGGAGAUACCCCAAGCCAGAGGCGACUUUUCAUGGGGAGCCGUCGCGGGAGCAGCCGCUGCGCCACCGCCGCCUCCGCCUCCGCCGCCUCCACCUCCUCCCGCCGCCGCUGCCUCUGAUCCCGGGCGCGCCUUCGCCCAGCACAGCCGGGCCGCGGAGCCCGCCGUCUCCAGCCGGACCCCCAGCCCGGAGCCGGCCUUCGGAUUUCGCCCAGGCGCAGCGGCGUCCAUCAGGGGAGGCGACCCCGGCGGCGCGCUCUUGGGCACCUCGGCUGCGUCGAGCCGUUCUCCCAGCCCCGACGCCGGCUAUGGCUACGGCGCCGUCUCGGGCCGUCCGUCCGACGGCAAGAGCGCUGAGGAUUCCCGCAUCCGGCGCCCCAUGAACGCCUUCAUGGUGUGGGCCAAGGACGAGAGGAAGCGGCUGGCCCAGCAGAAUCCGGACCUGCACAACGCGGUGCUGAGCAAGAUGCUGGGCCAGUCGUGGAAAGCGCUCAGCGCCAACGACAAGCGCCCCUUUGUGGAAGAGGCGGAGAGGCUGAGGAUCCAGCACCUGCAGGACCACCCCAACUACAAGUACCGCCCCAGGAGGAAGAAGCAAGCCAAGAAGAUCAAGAGGAUGGAGCCCAACAUCCUCUUGCACAAUCUCUCCCAGCCUUGUGGCGACGGCUUUGCCAUGAACCACCGGGCUGGUGGCGCCAUCGGGCACCCGGGCCAUUCCCAGCCUCCUCCGCUCAACCACUUCAGAGAACUCCGCUCGGUGAGCUCUGAUAUGGAGAACUACGGCUUGCCGACCCCUGAGAUGUCUCCUCUGGACGUCUUGGAGCAGACGGAGCCGGCCUUUUUCCCUCCGCACAUGCAGGACGACUGCAGUGUGAUGUCCUUCCGAGGCUACCACCACCACCCUCCUCCUCCUCCUCCACCUCCCCAGAUGGAGUUUACCCCGGAGAAAAACCUGGGGAGGAACAUGCCCAUGGGCUACCCGCAGAACCCACCUCACCUGGCUGAUGCCAUGAGGACUCCCCACCCACCUGGUAUGUACUACAACCAAAUAUGCGCCGGAGCCGCCAACGGGCUUUCAGCCCACCUGGGCCAGCUCUCCCCGCCGCCCGAAUCUCACCACCUAGACGGCGUGGAGCACUUGAACCCCAACGAGCUCUGGACAGAAGUGGACCGCAACGAGUUUGACCAGUAUUUGAAUAUGAGCAGGACUCGUCCCGAUCCUUCGGGGUUUGCCUACCAUGUCUCCGUGUCCAAAGUGACUCCUCGAAGCCUCUCCUGCGAGGAGAGCAGCUUGAUAUCGGCCUUGUCCGAUGCCAGCAGCGCUGUCUAUUACAGCACCUGUAUCACUGGGUAGGGCUGUGCAUAUGUGUUCAGCAAGGGGAGAGAGGUUCAAGGCUGAGCAGCCCGGUUUAACCGUCAUUUCUCUUCCCCCGGGGAACCCUGGGAACAUGCAAGGGGGAACCUUGGGAUCUUGUACCUGAAUUCCGCCUCCUGACCACAAUUCCCAGGAUCCUUUGAGUGAAGCUGUGCCAGUUAAACCGGUGUGAAUUUGACGGAAGCUCAGAACCUACACGUACCCUUAGGAAAGGCAUGAUGCUCAGGUGCUAACCUCUUUUUUAUUUUUUGCUCCAAAUGAGAGCAGCUUGGUUUCCCAUCCCAUUGUCCUUCUAACAAAUUUAUUCUUACCUUCUGAGAGGCAGCCCAGCUCAGCUAAUGUGCCCGUCCUUUGAGAAACAAGUGCCAAUCUGCCGAGGAGUGAGCGAAAAAUACCUGCAGGAACUUUGAAACUGUUGCUGCGGAGAAUUACUGCAGAGAAACUAUUUGCCCUUCUACUGUUGCGUCCCAAGCAGUGCUUGGGAACCUCACCCCUGAAGCCUGUGGAGUUUUCUGCAUUUAAGGGCCUCUUCACACUUAAACAGAUUUUUUAUUUUUUAUUUUUAGUGUCCACUGAAGGUCGUUCAGCAUAAACCCAUGAGUGUCGCUGUCAGGAUUUUCAUUCUCUCCCGUGCUGCGGAGCGUGUGCGACUACUAGUCACGUGUGCGUGUCACAAAUGUGUUUGCAGAGCAGACACGUGUGCAUCGUACUCAUCUGGGAGCAAGGGACUGGAUGUGGCAGGCUCGACUUUGCUCUUGUCUAAUGUGUGAAAGAGCCCAUAGAUCCCCUGCCUUGCGCAUUUUUAGCUGAAGCAUUGGGUUGGGGGGGCAAAAACACGGGACCCUGCACCCUUCCUUGUUCAGCGUAAUGUGCAAAUCAUCUCAGAUGCCAGACCCGACAUUCAUCUAGCUGAGAUGCCCACCUUUAUCCCCACAAGUGCCUUUCUGUGCAUCAGCCUUCCAAACCCUCUCCCCUUGCCUGUGAACAUUGCAAUAUUUAGAUUAUCUCAUUAAAUGCAUUGCUUGGUUUUUUUUAAUAAAUAAUAAUAAUAAUAAUGCUGAACCACUGAUAUACUGUAUUGCUAUGUAGCACAACGAGAUAGACUGUUGCUAAGCAGAAGGAAACUGAAUUCAUAGGGUGCCGAAAUGUGUGAGGGCGGACAGUUUUUCUGGACCUUUUAUGCCCCAGAGGGAAUUAUAGUGGGUGCAGCUUUUCUUCGCACCUGCAGCAUUAUAACACGACAAGCCACAAGAUGCUGAAAUCCUUUCCCUCUGGAUUGCUGGGAAAAGUUCAGGAGCCUGGUUCUCCGGUGCAUUUGAUCUCUUCCAGUGUUUAAGAUGUCUGUACUGUAAGUCUGCGUAACUGGGGAAGCAGGGUGGGGAGGCCGUGGCUCUCGACAUCUGGGGGUUUGUUUUCAGCAGUGAAGUGAGGUUUGUCGUUCUUCAAAAGCAGGCUAGCCGACUGACCCAGAGCUGAAUUGCAGAAGCAUCACCCAAGUCCUAGAACAUGCUGGGAUCAGGUGGCGAGGGUGCCGUCUGCAACCCAACAGAGCACAUGGCAAAAAAAAAAAAAAAA